GAAUGUAUGCCAGAUAAAAUGUCAAGGGAACCUUGAAGUGUUUCGGCCCUGAUUUGACCUAAUAAGAGGUGGGUGCAGUCCUGAAAGCUCAACAGAUAAAGACGCUGCCCACUUGUUAUCCAGUGGAGCCAGCGGAGUGGACUCUGACCUACCCACAAGCCCCAUGUGAUCCUCCUCAGUGUGCGUGCAUGCAACAACACGUCUGCCGCUGACCCCUACGCGUGAUGACAGCGAGCCGUGUCCAGCGCCUCCAGGGACCGAAGGCACUCGCCUGACACGCAGCGGAGGGGGAACCAUCUUCUCCUUUCACCCUCGCCUUGGACCCCAUGGCUCUGCUCGUGCACCUGCUGGCCUGCGCCUUCGGCCUGGGCUCCUGGGUGGCGGUGAACGGCCUGUGGGUGGAGCUGCCGCUCGUGGUCAACACUCUGCCGGAGGGCUGGGACCUCCCGUCCUACCUGACGGUCAUCGUCCAGCUGGCCAACGUGGGGCCUCUGCUGGUCACCCUCAUGCACAGGCUGCGCCCGGGUCGCCUCAAGGAGCCGGUCAUCAUCUACUGCAUCCUCUCCAUCGGCGUCCUCUCCUGCGUCCUGCUCGCCUUCUUCUGGGACAAGACCACGGUGGUGGCGGGGGCGAGGCGUAGCACCGCCUUCUUCGUCAUCACCUUCUUCCUCUCUCUGGUGGACUGCACCUCCUCGGUCACCUUCCUGCCCUUCAUGAUGCAGCUCCCGGCGAACUACAUCACCACGUACUUCAUCGGCGAGGGGCUGAGCGGAUUCAUCCCCGGCGUGGUCGCCCUGGCGCAGAGUGUGGGCGUCGCCAAGUGUGUGAACUCGUCUCAGGGCGCAGGGAACCACACGGACGGCGGAUCGUGGUCACCGCACACGGAGUAUCUCCCUCCCAACUUUUCCACGCAGGUGUUUUUCGUCCUCCUCGCCGCGAUGAUGUGCGUGAGCCUGGCCGCCUUCGCCGCACUCAACCGGCUCCCCCGGACGUUCGAUCUGUCCACCGAAAACCUCGUGCCAGACGCCGUGGCGUCCGUCUGCUCCGGUCUGGAGAACCCCGGUGCAGAGACUGCCGGAGAGGGCGUGAAAUGCCCGGGGGAGGCGGUGGCGGCGGCCCGGAGGGAGCCUCUGUCGGCCAGCCCGAAACAUUCGGUGUACCAGCUGACCUUCAUCUACUUCAUGGUGGUGUGGGUUAACUGCGCAACUAACGGCGUGCUGCCCUCCGUGCAGACGUACUCCAGCAAGUCCUACGGGAACCUGGCCUAUCACCUCUCUGCUGCCCUGGCAUCAGUGGCCAACCCGGUGGCUUGCACCAUCGCAAUGUUCUUCCAAAACAGGUCGCUGGCGUUCCUCGGCGUGAUGACGGCACUGGGGACGGGAUUCGGCAGCUACAACAUGGCGAUGGCAGCUAUGAGUCCCUGUCCUUUGCUUCAAGGGUCUGUGGCGGGGGAGAUGAUCAUUGUGCUCUCCUGGCUCUUCUUCACGGGGACACUGUCGUACGUCAAAGUGAUGGUUGGUGUCAUCCUGAGAGACCGCAGCCACAGCGCCCUGGUCUGGUGCGGAGCAGCGGCGCAGGUGGGCUCCCUCGUGGGCUCGCUCGCCAUGUUCCCUCUGGUCAACGUCUACCCGCUGUUCAAGUCGGGGGACUUCUGCAGCACCCGAUGUCCUUCGUGAUGGUCAAUCCAGAGGAGUCUGGAGCUGAAGGAGUACGCUGUGUGCUCAUUCAGAGGUGCGAUGAGAAGAUCUGCCCGCUAGAGGCGGGAGUCCGUUACUUAGCUUAGCAUUAAGACGAGAGGAAACUGCUAGCUUGACUCUGUUAAAUGUAAAACAUUGAGGGAGAAGCACCUCUGCAGAUCAUCUUCUUAACGACCACUACAGUUUGUGUGUGUUUUUUGGUUUUAUUUGCAGGGGUUGGUAUGUCGAUUUCAGUCAGGUUCAUUGUUUCCCUGUUUUUCAGUGCUAAUGCUAAGCUAACCCGCUGCCGGUUCUACAGCUUAAUACACAGUUUAACAAUACAAGAAUGGACUCAAUCUUUUAUUCUAAAAAGUAUUAUAUAACAUAGAACCCCUUAGAGGUUCUCAUCUUGGACCGAGAGUCUGUUAUUUCCAGUCGUUUGGUAAAGAAAGGAUGGUUGAAAACUUUUAAAGCGUGUUAAAGUCAUUUCAUAAACAGUGAUGGAAAAUGCUAUUAAAGUAUUCAAAUGAAAUCUUAACAAAGUGACACACCUGUAGGGAGCUCUUUCAUCCAGUGGUUUCAGAGCAUUGCACCAAUCAUGGAGCUGCUAUCUUAUUUCCCCACUAGAUGGCGCAAGCACACUUCUGUGUAUUAAAACGCACAAAUCCUGAUCACGACGCACA